AUGAAAGGACUCGAUAGGGAUUGGUACUCAGACCAAUACGAGGUGGAAACUGUGCUGACCGAGCUACUAAUGCGCACUAACGCGGUUCGCACGACGGAUCCGGAAAAGGCGACGCUGUUUUACGUGCCGUACUACGCGUCGAACCACAUCUCGCAUGUGAACAAGAUUAUGAAGAACAUGAUGCAGACGGCGGUCGGGGAGGUCUCUAAGGCGUGGCACGACAUUCUCACCAUGAUUCGCCGCGACUUCCCCUACUUCAACCGCACCAACGGCCGAGAUCACUUCAGCACGAGCACGUUCGAUCACGGCCGUUGCCACGCGUUGACGUGGGUCAUCCCAGAUCUGUACGGCGAGAUGUUCUUCGUGAUGCUCAACGGGGACCGCCUCGCGCGCACCAUGCACGCGUCUGUCGAGCGCAAUUUGCAGAUCAUAGGAUACAACUACAUUGAUGCGCCGCUGCAGCCGCAGUUCCCUGACGUCCCAUGCUACAUGCCCGACCGAGACAUUGUUGUCCCUGCCUUUAUUGGCGACCAGGUGCCCAUGGUGUCGCCCUUCACUGGCGAUCGCCCCAUGCGAGCCAUCUUCCGCUUCUCAGCCCAUCAGGGCCACAACGCGCCCCUCAUGCACCACGGCCAUGACCUGCGCCCCGAGCUGCUCGCUAUGUAUGCGAAGCGGCGCAUCAAGGGGUGGAGCUUUGCAGCCAAGCUGGAGAACCAGACGAACAAGGAUUGGCAAAAAGCUGUCUUCUGCAUCUGCCCGCCCGGCCACUCCCAGUGGACCAGCCGCCCCUUCAAGGCGCUCAUCUCGGGGUGCAUCCCAGUGACGUUCUUUCGAGACCACGACAAUCCCUGGGACGAUGAGCUGGACUACUCCUCCUUCUCCAUCAACAUCGAUCCCGACGACAUUGCUUCGCUGCGCUCCCGUCUAGAGACCGCCCCCGUGGAGCAGCUGCAGCGCGGCGUGGAGAGAGUGCAGCACAUGUUCAAGUGGUCGAGAACGCUCACACAAGGGGCAGGGUAUAAGCUUUUGAAGAGACUAAGGCAGCGCGGGGAGCAAAUCUCCUCGACUUCUCUCUUCCUAUAA